CGUGCUUUCCUCUGGUGUUUACAUCUAAACGAGAAGCGUUUAGGUAACUUCAACAUGUCAGCCUCCAUCGCACGGGCGACCGUGAGGGCGGUGAGCAGACGGAAAAUACUGUCAACAAGAGCCGCUUUAACACUGACACCUUCAGCUGUAAAUAAAGUCAAACAGCUUUUAGAUAAGAAACCAGAAUAUAUUGGCCUGAAGGUUGGUGUUCGAACCCGAGGAUGCAAUGGCCUCACCUACACACUAGACUACACGAAAAAUAAAGAGCAGUCAGAUGAGGAGGUGUUACAGGACGGCGUGAGGGUGUUCAUCGAGAAGAAGGCUCAGCUGACGCUCCUCGGCACAGAGAUGGACUUCGUGGAGACUAAGCUGUCCAGCGAGUUUGUGUUCAACAAUCCCAACAUUAAGGGCACGUGUGGCUGCGGAGAGAGCUUCAGCAUAUGAUUCAGGACGCCCGUGCGAACAUCUAUCAUGGGUAAAACGCUCCCAUCCAAACAUUCAUCCUGAAGACUGAUGGGUAAAAGAGACUGAUGCUUUAGUGGCCUGUUUGGGCAUCUUUUCCUGUGCAGCGUCCAGAUUGCUUGUACACAGUUUAUUUAUGUGCAGCUCAGAGGAGAGUUCAACUGCACUCCAUAUUAGGAGUUUAAUCUGUGCAAAGAAAGUGCUGUACUUGUCCAGUCGCACUGAUGUGUAUUUAUGUUUAAUAAACAUGAUAUAACGCCUC